AUGCUCCUCCGACCGCCGACAAGCUCCCUUCGGCCGCCGACAAGCUCCCUCCGGCCGAAGAUCUCGUCGACCCCUCUCCGGCAUCAAAGCAAGGCCGAAGAUCUCGCCAACUCCUCCUUGAAUCCGUCGUCUGAGUCCCGUAGCUCAUCCACCUCAACAUUUUAUGAUCCUAGUGGAGCUGAAGAAAGUGUAAGCCAGAGGGUUGCAGCGCUUACGAGAGAGAUAGAAGAGAUAAAAAAUGUUCAAAAUGAGAUGCAAGUAGAGCUGCGAUUCUAUAGAGAUGAAAAUCAAAAGAAUAAAGAGCAAGAGCAGCCACAUGCAUCACCAGACAGCGAGGAUACGGAGGAGAACUAUUUACUAAAAUCGCCUGUAUUUACCGCCGACGAUGUCCGGCAAUACGCCGGCGGUCUCACCACUGGCAAAUCCUUCGGUUAUGACCGCCGGUCAACCGCCGGUAAAUCACCGGCGGACUACGCUGUUAGAACGACGAUAACCAUACCAGCGACAGCCGCAUCCUACAGUACUGGAACACCAUCUGUGUCAUCCAGCCAAGAAACAGAUUUGCUGCCUGAGAUGGAUCAGAAAAAGAGAAAGAGAAUGCUUUCCAACAGACAGUCGGCUAGGAGGUCAAGGGAGAGGAAGCAGAAGCACGUCGAGGAUCUAAUAGAACAGGUAAGCCUGCUGAAGAAGGAAAACGGUCAGAUUUUAACCAUCCUUAAUCUUACCAGACAAAACUAUGUGAGUUUUGAGGCUGAAAACUCAGUGCUUAGAACACAGAUGAUGGAGCUCACUUCCAGGCUCAACUCCCUUAAUGAAAUCGUUCAAAACAUGAACUUUUAUGGCAACACUAGUGAACCUCAUAUGAUGAUUCCUGAUAACUUCAUUAACCUGUGGAGUUUUCUGUGCAAGAACCAGCCUAUUAUGGCUUCUUCUGAAAUGAUCCAGUUCUAUUAG